AUGUCACGAAGAGCUAUGUUGAUGUCGUUGAGCGCAGGCGUGAUGGAGGUUGACUUUCAAUCGGCUAGUGAAGCUUCUGUCGUUGACGACGAAACGAGCGACCAACCUCUUCCGCCAACCGCUAUCGCAUCUCAGCCCACAUCGAGGAUGAACCAGGGCUCGUCGUCUGAGCCCUCCCCGCGCGAUGAGAGGCGUAGGGUGUUUUUCCGCAAGUACCUCGAUCCAAAUAACAGAAAUCGGACGCGGCCAAAUAACGCGAGGGAUACAAGCGGAGUGCAGAAAAGUGCUCAUGAGCAACGCACCCAGUCCAAUAGGCUGAGUGAGAACACAAGGAGCAAUCCGGAAGGCCGUACUUCGCAUGCUCGAAUCAUUCCCAGUCCUCACUAUCCUCCAGUGCCAACUACUCAGAUCUAUAACGUCCACUACCAUUACCAGGUACCACCAUACUACGUUGAUCUUGACCCAUGCGCACCUGUCCACUUCCAACGAGUUAUUCCCAACCAGUUGCAAGAUUUGAGACCAAUACCCCAUACUAGCGCUCGGCCUAUCAUCGCUCAUGGUGCUCACGAGCAAGCCGUAGGCUCGCAGGGCCGACCGCAAUCGCAAAUACAAGCACAGCAACAAGCCCUUGAAAUAGCUUCCGCUGCAGCACAGCAGCAAGGCUUGAACUUCAUUUCACGGCCGAUUGCUAGCUCUGAUCAUGGCCACUUCCCUCAUGUGGGUGUCGCCAUCACACCUCCCUCGAGCGCCAACGCUGAGCCGAGACCGAUCACGCGAACGCAAACCAUGCCAGCUCGGACGACCCUAUAG